CAUACGAAAAAAGGAAAGUAACAAACCGAAACCCUCACUCUUUCAACCAUCAAAAACUCCUAAGCCCGGCAGCCACACCGGAUUCCGAUGGAUCCUCCGCUCAAGCUCAUGCUGGUGCAAAGUUUCAACCAAAGGCUAAAUGUAAAACUAAAGAUGAAACUUCUGGUUCAAUACCUUCAAAACUCAAUGAUGUUAGGAUGGAAAAGGCAGCUACGCUAGCAUCCCCUGGCUUUGAUGGAGUUCAGGUUGUCCAGCCUGACAAUGUUGUAGAUGACAGUAGGAGUUCACAAGUAAUAAACCCUUCCCAAGUGGCUGUUACAGAUUCUCUGCUUGCCGAGAUUUCCGUUUCAACUUCUUGUGAUAAUACAAAUCCUAGUUUUGGAAGAUCAGUUGGAGAGAAUGCGGACUUAUUUUUUGGGUUGGAAUGUCUUGAUCAGUUUCUUACUCAAUCUUCUAACAACAAUGGAGGCAUUCAGAUUGAUUGUGAAAGAACUGGGACACUGAUCCUUCUACCUUCGAAUGUCUGGUGAAUGAGGAACUGGCAAACCUCACAGAAGCUCCUAACCUAGGUGUUGCCCUUUCUGGUGAUGUUCCUGGUAUGCCCAGAGAAGUGAGUUCUAAUAUCAGGCAAAGGAAGGCCUCUCCAUCAUCAAGUCCUUCUUGAAAGUCCAAACCAUCUUCCAUGGGAGAUGAGGUGAAUGGAAUUGGUAAAGCAACGAAGCAGUAGGUGACUAGUCCCCAGUUGUUGAUGAUCCUGAGGAUGGGACCUGUAAUGAUGAUAGCCUAGCUGCCGAAUUGCCCAGUAUUUCUGCUAUAGAUGAGGAUAAAGAUGAUGAUGAUGAUGAUGAUGAAUAUAAUGCGGAGAGCUCAUUUUUGAAGAGAACUUCUAGGAGGUCAAAGAAACCCAUGACUGAAAAUGAAAAGCCUCUUUGAAAGUGUAAGAUAGCUAAAGAAGCUCAAAAGGAUAAGAAAGCCAUGAAGCAUCAGAUCAGCCAGCAAAAGAACGGCAAAAGAAAUUUUCUCAUACAACUCGUAGAAAGAGAAGAUUUGUGGAUGAGUCUUUACU